GAAAGGUAUCUACGUCAGUAUUGAACCAAUUGUUUGACAAAAUGGAACGAAUUUUAAAAUUGGGAUUCAUCUUUGGUGCAUUAAAUUUUAAUAUAUCCGCCUAUAAGAUUGAUAGAUCACUAGUUAGGCCACUACCGAAUAUAAUAGAAAUUGUGGACUGCAAGAGCACUGUCAGUAACAACUGGGAGCAACAACCUCAUGGAAACUACUGCUACCUUUAUAUUUCAUGUAUGAAUAACAUUGGCUUUGUACAAAAGUGUCCUGAUGACUUGUACUUCAAUGCAGAAACAGAAUUUUGCGAUCUACCGGAAAAUGUCGAUUGUGAAAACUCUUCUACAACUACGGAACCAGGACCGUCGACAACUAAUAGUACUGAAGAAAAUGAAACCACUGAACUAACAACUUCAGAAUCAGAUACUACCACCUUUGAACCAGGAACUACAGUUGGAACCGAUUCUACCUCUACUAGCGAGGAAACUUCAACAGAUGAAACGGAUAGUACUGCUGAAGACAUAACUACAACUUCAACGCAUGAAACGGAUAGUACAACAGAAGAUAUCACUACAAUCUCAACAGAUGAAACAGAUAGUACUGUUGAAGAUAUCACUUCAAUUCCAACAGAUGAAAUAGAUAGUACUGUUGAAGAUAUCACUUCAACUCCAACAGAUGAAACGGAUAGCACUAUAGAAGAGAUAACUACAACCCAAGAAACAACGGAACAAUACUGUGAACCUUUAUGUGCAGGCCAAGAAAGCGAAAUUGCACACCCGGAUGAUUGUGGAAUGUUUAUAAGCUGUGUUGACAAAUGCGAUGGAGCAAUCAAAUUCUGCCCGCCUGGUUUGCACUUCAGCUAUCAUUGGUCGGUGUGCGACUUGCCACAGAGAGCUGAGUGUUUGCUGGAGAUUUGUAAUGAACAAACUACGGAGUAUGUUGCAAGCGUGAACAGCUGUAGAAGUUAUUAUAAUUGCACAAACUCAAAUGCUACACUUCAUUCCUGUGAAAUUGGUUAUAUUUUUGAUAGUUCAUCUAUGAAUUGUGUUCCAGAAGGCGAACACAAUAAAUGUGAAGUUGAAGACAUUCCAAGUGCUCCACAAGAGGUGUAUCAAUUAUGCACUAAAAGCGUUGUAGAUCAACUGAUUCCUCAUCCAUCACGGUGCGAUGUGUUUUAUCGCUGCGUACGAGGGAUGUUGUCGCCACGCAUGUGCCUCGAAGGAUUGCUGUUCGACAGCACGUUUGGAGCAUGCAAUAUUGAAGAGGAAGUUGAAUGUAACGCUUAGUAGCAAACAAUCUCAUAACCUAAUAUACAAUGCAUAGAUUUUGUUUCACCAAUCCCGGAAAUAAUGCAAUUAACAGUAUUAGAACCUAUGUUUUACCGAUUCGACGUAAAUAGGGAUUACUUAUUUGAAUACAUGGUUUUACGCCGGGAA